CGCUUGUGUGGUCGUUUCAUUGGAGAGAGUGCGAGAGGAAAAAGGAGCAAAUGUGCGCGGUGGCGGCGGAGAGGGAGGGAGGACAGCGAGUACGCAAAUAGGCAGCGAGACACAUCAUCAUCACCACCAUCAUCAUCAUCAUCCACAGCAGCAGCAGCAGCAGAGGCAGCAGCAGCAGCUCUUUCCUCAUCCUGAUCUCCAGCUGCCAACCCUCCUCUCUCUCUCUGUGUGUCUCUGAUUGAGAUUUCACUGCCGGCUGAAGUGUCCAGAAGCCUCCGCCAACCUCCACCUCCCUCCCCGCACACACACGCACACUUUCUCCGGAGCUCGGUUAUUCUUAGCUCCGCGCUGCCAGAGACUGUCCUUCCGGUGCUGCUCUUAUUUAUCCCAGUUUCUUGAAUAUUUAAUGGAAAAUGGCGAUCUGCGCGCAGUCGUGCGGCUUUUUCUGCCUGCUGGCGGUCCAAACUGUACUUCUCAUAUGUGUCUCCACGCCGACAGUCGGGACCCACCUCUUCCCGCAGCACUACACAAUGAUUCACUGGGCCGGACGUAUCGAGAAGGAGCUGGAAAAGGUUCUGCAGCACGUCACCGGAACUCAGCAGAUGAGAUCGAUUUACAAUGAGAAGAAGAGCCAGUUUGAAAUCAAGAGAAAUAACCCCAAGGACUUGGUGGAGAGAGUGGCCCGGGACAUCUCCAAGCUGCUCAACAGUAAGAGGAAAGCCCUGGAGAAACUGGCCAGGGAAGCAGAGCAGCUGCAGAAGGAACACGUAUGGCAAGACGGUGUGACGGAGAAUGCCAUUUCAUACUACGAUUCCAAAGCGGAUUCAGACUAUGCGGAGGACGGAGAAGAGGAGAGCCUGCUGGAUAGCACAUCCUCUUUGGAGCUGGAGUUUGUGGACGAUCCCAACUUCAAAAACAAGGUCAACUACUCCUCCAGUGCCGUCCAGAUUCCUACAGACAUAUACAAAGGCUCACCAGUCAUCCUGAAUGAGUUGAACUGGACCCAGGCGCUGGAGCGAGUCUUCAUAGAAAACCGUCGGGAGGACAGCUCUCUGCGUUGGCAGGUGUUCGGCAGUGCCACUGGAGUGACUCGAUACUACCCAGCCACUCCAUGGAGGGCACCCAACAAGAUCGACCUGUACGAUGUCCGCAGAAGACCAUGGUAUAUCCAAGGUGCAUCUUCUCCAAAGGACAUGGUCAUCAUUGUGGAUGUGAGCGGAAGUGUCAGCGGACUCACUCUGAAGCUCAUGAAAACCUCUGUCAUAGAGAUGCUGGACACCCUAUCAGAUGACGACUAUGUGAAUGUGGCCAGGUUCAAUGAGAAGGCCGACGCUGUUGUCCCUUGCUUCAGGACUUUGGUUCAGGCCAACGUUCGUAACAAGAAGAUCUUCAAGGAGGCCGUCAUGCACAUGCAGGCCAAAGGAACCACAGAUUACAAGUCUGGCUUCACGUUCGCCUUUGAACAGCUUCUCAAUGAGAGCAGCGCCCCGAGGGCCAACUGCAAUAAGAUGAUAAUGAUGUUUACAGAUGGCGGGGAGGAUCGUGCACAGGAAAUCUUUGAGAAGUACAACUGGCCCAACAAAACGGUUCGUGUGUUCACCUUCUCGGUUGGCCAACAUAAUUAUGAUGUCACACCUUUACAGUGGAUCGCAUGUGCCAAUAAAGGUUACUACUUUGAAAUUCCAUCGAUUGGAGCCAUCCGCAUCAACACCCAGGAGUACCUGGACGUCCUGGGCCGUCCUAUGGUGCUUGCUGGAACCAAAGCCAAGCAGGUGCAGUGGACAAACGUCUACCAGGACGCUCUGGGUUUGGGCCUCGUCAUCACUGGAACCAUGCCAGUAUUCAACCUCACUGCUGAUACCGUCAGCUCUCAGAACCAGCUCAUCCUGGGAGUUAUGGGAGUAGAUAUCGCCAUCAACGAAAUCAAGAAGAAGACUCCUACAUACAGACUUGGAGCCAACGGUUACACCUUUGCCAUCGACCCAAAUGGUUAUGUGCUGCUGCAUCCCAACCUGCGACCUAAGAUCAUUAACUUUAGGGAGCCCGUCACUCUGGACUUUCUGGACGCAGAGCUGGAAGACAGCAACAAGGAGGAGAUCCGCCGACAGAUGAUUGAUGGCAAAUCAGGGCAAAGGAAAAUCAAGACGCUCAUUAAGUCAGUUGAUGAGAGGUACAUCGACGAGGCUAUGCGGACGUACACGUGGACGCCUGUGGAGGGCACAGAUUACAGUCUAGGUUUGGUACUGCCCACGUACAGUGAGAACCACAUCAAGGCCAACCUGAGUGACCAGAUCCUCCAGGUGCAGUAUUUUGAAUCACUGCUGCCAAACAGUUUUGAGUCUGAAGGACAUGUAUUCAUUGCUCCCAGGGAGUACUGCAAUGAUCUGGAACUGUCCAACAACAACACUGAGUUCCUGCUCAACUUCAUUGCUCUCAUGGAGAAGGUGACACCGGACUCUAAACAAUGUGACAAUUUGCUCCUUCAUAACCUGAUUCUGGACACUGGAAUCAUCAGGCAGCUGGUAGACAAGGUUUGGAAGAACAAAGACUUGAACACCUAUGGAUUUCUAGCCGUGUUUGCUGCGACCGAUGGAGGAGUAACAAGAGUGUUUCCCAACAAGGCUUCAGAAUCCUGGGAGGAAGACCCCGAGCCGUUUAAUGCCAGCUAUUACCGCCGCAGUCUUGACAACAAGGGCUACAUCUUCCGAGCGCCCUAUCGAACAGCCAGGGACGAGCUGCUGAACCCAGAAAACGACACCAUAGGGGUCCUGGUCAGCACAGCUGUGGAGAUCGCGAUAGGAGGAAAAACCAUCAAACCUGCAGUGGUCGGAGUGAAACUAGACCUUGAAGCUUGGACGGAUAAGUUCAAGAUUCUUGCCAGUAACCACACAGACAACCGUCAAGGCUCAAACACGUGUGGACCAAACAGGGGCUGUGAAAUGGACUGUGAAGCCAACAGUGAGGAUCUCCUGUGUUACUUAAUAGACGACGGUGGAUUCCUGAUCAUGUCCAAUCAGAAGGACGACUGGAACAAGGUGGGAAUGUUCUUCAGUGAUGUGGACCCCUACUUGAUGUACGCUCUCUACAACAAUUCCUUCUACAACCGCAAGCAGUCAUUUGACUACCAGUCUGUGUGUGAACGGAUGCCCAACAGUGAAGCUGGAGCUGCACCCAGAGGAGUGUUUGUGCCAACAAUUGCAGAUUUUGUAAAUCUGGCUUGGUGGACGUCAGCAGCUGCAUGGUCCAUAUUCCAGCAGUUUAUAUACGGACUGGCUUAUCACAGUUGGUUUGCCACAGAUGAGGUGGACGCAGACGGAAUCGAUUCCAAAGAGCGGAGUUGUGUAAUGAUACAGACGCAGUACUACUUAAGUAAUCUGAGCAGCUCCUACAACAUCCUGCAGGACUGUGGCAACUGCUCCAGGCUGAUUCAUGCCAAGAGGAUAAACAACACCAACUUACUGUUUGUGGUGGCAGAGAAGAUGCCAUGCAACACCUGUGAGAUAGAGAAGCUGUCCCAGGAGGAGGAGGAGUUUAAAGAGGAAAAUCCAUGUGAAGAAAUGACUGUGGCGCGUUAUCGAAAAGGGCCGUCCACCUGCUUCGACUACAACAUGGCUGAGAACACGUCAGACUGUGGGCGAGGUCACUCUUUCCGUCCGUCUCUCUACACUUUACUGCUUAUUCAGCUGCUUCUUCUUUAUCCAGCUGUCAGCCCCCACUUCCACUCGCUACUACAUUAAUUCCGUUCUCCUCCAGUUCUCCUCCUUUUAGCCCUCCUCCUCUCCCGCCCCCUCAAACCCUGUUCCCCCUACCUCCUCACCUCCCCACCCUCCUACGCCCCCACCCCCUGUUAUAGUCAUAGGUAAUAAUGGGACUUCCCAUCACAGCAAGUCGGAAGCCCACGAGUGCCACGCUGCCCAGCUUGCUUCAAUUUGUGUCGCUUAGUGACAACUGCCGGGCCGUUGGGGCCCUCAGCCAGUUAACCUUCAUUCGCAGGAAAAGCGGGUGGUGCCGCACCACCUGGGUCAUCAGAGACAAUGUCCGAAAAGAAAACAAAGCCCCGCCCCUGCGACCACCUCCACCACAUCCACCAUCCGGAGAAGGGAGGGGUUAAACGGACAAGUCGGAUCCCUGCCUCACACAGACUGGAGAGUUGAGGUCACCUUUGCCUCUGUCGGUCAGACAGAUGGCGGGACCGCUGCUCUGUCGCUCACCUCUCGUGUGGGGCUGCGGACCAUUCGACAACUAACAUCCACCGCAAAAGAUUUAACAAAUAAGAACUUUCAAGUAUUCAAAAUGUCAAGUAUAAAGCGCUGAAGUGAUAAGUAUUCCAAACAUACAGUAUAUUUAGGUUUUGAUUUAACAAAGGAAUUCAUUAGGUGUUAACAAAAAAAAAAGAUGUGAAUUAAUUUAUGCACUAUAUCUAUUUGCCAAAAUGAGAUAGACUUUCAUGUGGUCUUUAUUUUUGUAGCCAAAAUACUAGAAGAAAUGGCUUCUGAUUUUGAUGGAGGAUAAACCACAAGAGGAGGAGUCGGUCAGAAACUGAACGCUGAUUCAUUUUGUGCAGCUCCUUAAUUACAGAUUAAUGCUUUUGAAAAACAUCCACUGGGGAUUAGUGUAAUUACAUGAUGGUAAUUGCAUUUCUUGAAGUGUUUUUUCCUGAUAUUUACGUUCUAAGGCUCAUGUUUAUCAGACUGUAAAAAUACGAAUCAGUGUUCAGUUGCUGCAGAUUUGUUCGGGGAGCUCUGUCGAUGUCGUGGAGUUUUCUCCUUUAUGAUCAAACGACCAUUCUGACCUCUGGUUUGGACUGAUAUUAUAAAAAAAAAGCUCACCUCUGCCAAUCCUCAUGAGGCUUCUCCAGUAACCCAACACUCCUCAUCUCGAUUUGUGAGUGUGCUUUACACAACAAACGCAAGCUCUUAUCCUCAUGACUCUCAUAAUAGGUCAUGGUGGUUCUUUUUCUUAUUGUUUGGGGGGGGUUGUAUUACCUUUGACUGAUGCUGUUCAAACUUCAAAAUCAUUCGCUGCUGGGGGACAGGGGGCUUAUCAAUUUCCAACAAAAGUGCAGAGGAGGCCACUAAAUAUGGUGAUAGCGUGCAGUAAGUAGUACUCUGGUUGUAAUCCGUCGCAAGUUUCGUCAUUUGAUCAUCACGAUGUGUGCAAAGUCAUUUAGACUCCCAUGUUUAGGAGCCGCUCUGUUUCAUAGUGCCUUGAUGCACUUUGUUUUGGAAUGCAUUGGCUGUAUAUGAGUAGAGCUACUGUAUAGUACCUUUAUUGAGCAGCCAUCUUUGAGGCUGCAGGAACCUGAAAAGACUGAAUCCGCUGAGUAUACAGCUGAACCACGGACCAGCUCCAGCUUAAUGUAUCUGCUCUCUCGGCUGUGGUCGCUGUGCCCCCUCAGAGACCACCUGACUGCCACCAUAUGGAGUUACUAUACCGUUCCUUUACAAAGCCAUGUAUAGAGCUACGAUACACUAUCAGUAUACAGCGAUUUAACUGGCCAUAGAGCAUUUUUAGGGCCACCUGACUGCUAUAGUUCUGCCUGAAUCGUAUGUGUUAGUGUGUGCGUGUAUGUGUGUUAGUUUGCGUUUCAAACCCUCAAAGGGAAUGUCUUUUAAAUGGAGUGCGUCUGAGGGAUGACAGUUGUGGUAGCAUAGCCGUUUUUUUUUCCUGUUCCUAUAUUGCAAUGGACAAAAUCUAGUGUUGUUGUUGAGAAAAAAAGGGAUUUUACAGAAAUGAAAAAGAAAAAAGAAAAAAAAAAGAAUCCAUCUUCAAACAUCCGUCUGCUUAAAUAUCGAUCCAAGGGAGCAGAGGUUUCCGGAAGAAUGUGUAGUUCAUCAGUGUUUUCUGUUUCAGAUGCAACAUAUAUAACAAAGCCUCUCUAAAUGCCUUAGUGUUAACACAGUACGGAGCUCUGAUGCGUCCCCCUCCCCUGUCACUGCACAUUCUCUCUCACGCACACACAAAAUAGAUCCUCCAAAAUAUUCGCCUCCUCCGGGUUUUCUUGGUGUUCUGCAGUAAGUAUAGUGAGCUCUAGUUUUGUAUUUUCAACGUCUUGGAAUGAUCCGCUAUUGAUUGAUGCCUGUGCGAGUAAAUGCUUGAAAGCCGGUGGGAGUUUUAAAAAAAAAUUCUAAAGCGUCUGAACUUCGAUGUUCUCACACACACACACACACACACACACACACACACACACACACCCACCUCAAACCUCACUGCAUUGCUCGGGUGGGAUGAUUCACACAAUGAUUUGAACCUUAACUUGCACACUCUGUACAGUAGUUGGUACCUUUAGAUGUGACAAACAUGUCGGCACAGUAACUGCAGCGCGGCUCUGAAUAAACCGGACUAAGAAAAUAAAAGACUGUUAGAAAAAGAAACAUUUCACAUUUGUGUUUUCCAAUUAGGCUCGUUUCAGUGCAGGUUCAGGCCGGGUCACCUGAUGCCGGAUGCAGUUUUACUUUCCUGGCAUUUGUUUGUCUCUGUCCUGUGCCAUUAAUUCUGUCUGUAUUAGCCCUAUUUCCACUCUCUGUAAAUGAACGCUACACGUGCCUGUGGAAAUGUACCCCCUGCGACUUCCUCUCUUUUCCUGGCUCUGUACGCAGUCUCACACGCACGUAUACGUAAAUAUGUGGCCCUAUACAGUUUGUGCACCUGCACUGAGACAUUAUGCACACAAACAUAGUAAAACAUGUGAUGACACUUAUUCAUGCCCAGCUGGGAGAUGUCGAGCACCAGGCAGAAGUAAGAAAAAAAAAAAAAAACAAGGGCGUCACUAUCCCAGGUGGGUGUUUUCUUUGUGAGCGGGGCGGGAUGUCAGAGCAGAGGCAAGCUAAGGGAGUGGGUCUCCACAGAGCAGCAUGGGCCUGUCAAACAGAAGGUCAUGGAGGAAUCAUGUAGUGACGUCUGUGUGCAUCCUGACAGAAGACGUCUCCUUUUAAAGGGACCACACGAAUGAUUUCUGUGGUUUGACAAAUUUACUUUUGCCACAAAAUGGAAAAAAAAGAAAAAUAGUAAAUUGGUCCAGCUUGGGGAUGAGAGGGGAGGGGUCAUCGUUAAGGCCGAAGCCCUGAAAUACUUCAGGGUUUCUGUGACGUCUCCUCCCGAACCCGGCUGCAUCUGUGUUGGUGCGUCUCUGUGGGAAAGACACGUGUGUAUGUGAUUCUGUAGUCUGUAGUCUGGUGCUAUGUGACCAUGUUUGACAAGUGUGUGAAAAAAAUAACAUUUAGAGGAAAAAAAGAGUGAAAUCAGUCCAAUUUUAAGUGAAGUAAAAAAAAUAUAGGAAUACAGCACUGUUGAUAAGUUUGAGAUCUGAAGUCAAAAUGUUUUUUGAUUUCUUUUGUUUAAUUUCUUGUGCGUAUGUGAGUGUGAAUGUUUGUGUGUGUGUGUGGAAGAUUUCGCUCCUUCUUUUCUGGGCACUGGUCCAUGUCGCUCCAUUCUUUUGUACAGAAGCUUAAAAAAAAGAAGAGGGCAAAAUUUGUAAAAUAUUGUGUCUGUGACUCCUUGUAAAAUAUUUUCAAAUUGUUUAUUACAGAGAAUCAGUUAUUAAAUAAUGUUCAUAUUUUUCACUUCAUUUCCGUGUGUGGUGUCUGAUUUUUUUCAGAGGGACACAGCGGAGUCAUUUAUUUCAUCUGUUAAAAUGAAAUUAACAAAAUCUAGAAAAUGAUCAACACUAAAUGUGGCUCGAUCAGUUGUAAAACAAGUUUUUUUAGUGCAGUAUUAAAACAACACAAUGUAAGAAUUGCUCUCUAGUUCCCCCUGUAGGAGAUUUACCAGGUUGGCAUCUGUCCUGCAUCCUUCAACCUAUUUUAGCUCUUACCAAUAUUCCGAUAUUCACUCUUCUACAGUUUCUUUCUAUUUUCCUCUUCUUCUCCCCU